AUGUCAAUAAAGAACAAAAAGAAGGGAUCGCUAGUGCAGCAUAGCAUAUUCAGCUUUCAUUGCCCCGGUGUCACUAAAGUUAAUCACAACUCUAAACAAAACAAGAAUAUAACAAGACAAAAUUCAGUCUUGAGUGCCACUGAUAACGACGAUGGCUUUGGUGAUGAUACCAGUUUUGACACAUCGGUAGACACGAGUAUGGAAAUCCAAAAUUUCAGAGAUCCAUCGUUGGAAAAUGUGCUAUUGCAACAUAGAGCGAACCUGUCCUUAUCAUCUCAGAGAAAUCCCAAUGUCCUUCGAGAAUCAAAUCUGGCCACCAACAGCCAAACUAGAUCCAGUUCACUUAAGAGGACUAAUAGUGACAUAUUAAGUACUUUUGAUGGUGGCCAAGCUCAUAAAAUUGCAAGGACUUCAAAAAAUGUGGCUCCAGUGACUUCGCCAGCCGUCGGGACCCAAUUGAGUGCAGAGCAACGGAAGGUUAUAGACUCGGUUGUUGCUGGUCGCAACGUCUUCUACACAGGAAGUGCUGGUACAGGAAAAUCGGUGGUUCUUCGUGAAUUGGUGAGGAUUCUCAAGGGUAAGUAUGGCGAGAACAUGGGGGUAACGGCCCCCACUGGGAUGGCUGCAUGUAAUAUUCAGGGGCAAACCAUAUACAAAUUCUUGGAAGUUGGCCUUGCUUUGAAACCUGCUCUGGAUCUUGCCAAUAUGAUCAGGAAGAAUUCACACAAGUUGAAUAAAUGGGUUAGAUUAAGAGUGUUGAUCAUUGAUGAAAUAUCCAUGAUUGAUGGAACACUAUUCGAUAAGUUGGAACAAGUGGCUAGAUUGGUACGCAAAUCUGAUAAACCAUUUGGUGGGAUCCAGAUUGUGUGCACUGGUGACUUUUAUCAAUUGCCACCAGUUGCAACAAACAGAACCGCUCUAUUCUGCUUUCAGUCAAAGUCAUGGUCCAGAGUCAUUAACAAAAAUAUCGUAUUAAAGCAAAUUUUCAGACAAAAGGGUGAUGCUGAUCUUAUCGAAAUGUUAAAUGCACUCAGAACAGGUGAGUUGACGAACGAAAUUGUUUCGAAAUUUAAGCUGCUUGCGAGAAUGGUAAGGUAUGAUGACGGAAUUGAGCCUACUCAAUUGUUCCCAACUAGAAGAGAAGUGUCAGAAGCAAACAGUUUAAGGUUGGAGCAACUUACAUCAAAAGCCUACAAGUAUUCUGCCCAAGAUAGUCACAAAGGGGAACAAUACAAGACACAAUAUGCACAGCUAUUAUGCGAGGAGUCGUUGGUUUUGAAAGAGGGAGCCCAAGUAAUGAAUAUUAAAAAUAUCAGUGACUAUUUGGUUAAUGGGACGCUAGGCACAGUUCUAUUCUUCACCACAAAAAAGCUCUACUUUCGAAUUUUAGAAGUAUAUGGACCGGUCGAGGAAUUGGAUACCCAGAUGUUGAAAGAAGUGAGAUUCUUUACUUCGCGAGUUGGCUCGGUAGAGGAGUGGAAUGAAAAUGAGAGAAUGAUGUUUCAACAGGUGCCGUCUGAAAGAAAGACUCAAUUUGAACUGCUUGUUCAACUGGCAGCUCUAGAGUCGCCAGCCAAUAUUUUGCCCGUGGUUUUGUUUAAGUUAAAUGGUUCGGAUGAAGCUGUACUUGUUGAUAGACAAGAAUUCCCAAUUGAGAUGGGAAAAGAAGACUCACCAGAUGGGAAUCCAUAUAGAUCUCAAUUGCCUUUGCUCCUCUCAUGGGCUAUGUCAAUUCACAAAGCACAGGGGCAGACUCUUCCUCGUGUCAAGAUUGAUUUAAACAGGGUGUUUGAAAAUGGACAUGCAUACGUGGCCAUAUCACGAGCAGUGAGUAGAGAGACAUUGCAAGUGAGACAUUUUGACAUUGGAAAAGUAAAGUCAUCACCAAUAGUGAAGGAAUUCUACCAGGCUCUAGAGAGAUAG